GAAUAAAUAACCAACUUCACAGAGCCGUGGUUUUAAUACCUGAUUAUAUCAUCGUCAUAAGAUAUGGCCUCCUCAUGUUACACUGACAACGACGAAGUCUCGUGCAGUCUCUGUAUAGAGGUUUUCAGCGACCCAAGGACAAUACCUUGUGGGCACACUUUCUGUCGCGCAUGCCUACAGAACCAUUUCAACUCCAACAGGAAUCCUCACAGCAUCUAUCGCUGCCCCGUAUGUAGAAAGCUCGUGUUCCCGGACACGACGAAACCAGUAUCAUCCUACGCCGACCAGUUCCCACGCAAUUCUGCACUCUUGCAUGCCAUAGACACCAUCAACAAGUUAAAGCAACAUAUGGCCUCUUCAUGUUACACUGACAACGAUGAAGUCUCGUGCAGUCUCUGUAUAGAGGUUUUCAGCGACCCAAGGACAAUACCUUGUGUGCACACUUUCUGUCGCGCAUGCCUACAGAACCUUUUCAACUCCAACAAGAAUCCUCACAGCAUCUAUCGCUGCCCCGUAUGUAGAAAGCUCGUGUUCCCGGACACGACGAAACCAGUAUCAUCCUACGCCGACCAGUUCCCACGCAAUUCUGCGCUCUUGCAUGCCAUAGACACCAUCAACAAGUUAAAGCAACCUGGUGCCCCAGCAACCACAACAAAAACAGAUCAUCUAAAGCAGAAUAUGAAGUCCAUCUGCCAGAAUCUGGAGUGGUUCAACCAAAUUCUUCAAAGUCAAACGAAGUCUGAGAUUCAGCGACUCAACAACAGUGUCAGAAUCAGUGCCGUUGAGAUUACAGACGAAAAGGAACCGGAGGGGCGACCAAAUCGUGACCGCUGUUCGCGUCGAACAGGCCAAGAUGAAGAAAGAGAUACAACAAUGCCAGCUCUCCACAAACAAUGAAAUUUCAAAACUGUUUACGCAACACAAGACUGUCAUAGACGAAGGGAAGAAAGUGAUGAUGUUGAGCGCGGAUCUGCUUCAGUCGGGAUCGGUUUUCGACAUCGAGAAGAACAUUUCGAAAUUCAUGAAAAUACAGAAGAUAACGUCUGACUUUGUCGACACAACUGGUUCUUUAGCGCCUGUUCCCGACUUGAAACUGACUCUGACAUCUUGUACUGCCUCCGUGAACAUUGGUGAAGUUUCACCUCCGGACACGAGCACGAAUCCUAGACAUAUCGGGCAUCCAACCUGACCGGAAGAGAGAUAAAAUGGUACAGACAGGCGUGUUUAACACGCGGGCAAACGAUGUCCUUAGCUCUGGCAUACAGUGCAUCCUGGUGCUCGAAAGGGAACGAUCGAACACGAUCGUCGUGGCCGAUUCUUUCAACAACUGUGUGAAAUGUUUUUGUGCAGAGACGUCUGCUCUCCAAAGCAAACACGAGGUGUUCGGUGCCCCGUGCGGCCUCGCUGAGUCACAUGACCAGCAGGUGGCGGUCGUCCUGCCAAUAGAACAGCAGAUACUGUUUCUGACUAUGCGGGGUGUUGUCAGCCUGGCCAAAAUGGUGAAGACCAAGAAAAAGUACCACUAUAUAGCCAUGCUGCCUGGCAACCGUAUGACAGUCACCGGGGGUCGUCUGUUGUCUGUCGCCCAUGAAAACUGGUGGGGUAAAUACGUUGACGUGUUGGAUGAAGGGGGUACAGUGAUUCAAUCCCUACUCUUUGACAUGUCCAUCGAGCCGUGGUGUCUCGCAAUGAAAGGGGACUCUCUAGUUGUCGUAUCCGACAGUAGUUCGUUGGUAUCUGUGACGUCAUCAGGGGAAGUCAUGUGGGUGACGCGUGAUCAAAAAAGGCUAUGUCAUCUACGUGGCGUAACGUGUGAUGUGAAGGAGUUCGUUUACGUUUGUGACGAUGUCAGGAGUUGUGUUGUUCAGUUGUCACGUGACGGUGAGAUCAUCCGGGACAUCCUCACGUGCCAGGAUGGACUGACGGAGCCUGUGUACGUCUGCUGUGAUCAGGACAAACUGUAUGUCGGCCAGAGCAAUGGAGAAGUUAAAAUAUUUACGUGGAGCAAAGAUUAAAGUUGCAGGAUGUUCGCUCCAUGGAUUCUGUAAAAUGCACAAUAUAAAUACAACUGCUGUUUUAAUAAUGAUACUUUCCCCGGACAGACAACUGGACUCGGUGAAGCUUGUUAGAUAGGGUUCUUUAUUCCGGAAAAUAUAUCAAAUAGUUUAAACAAACCAUAUAAGACAAAAUUGUAUUAUUAAAAUACAUUCACAAUAAACAGUUCUAAAACACA